GCGUGUCGCGUACUGAACGUUAAUAAUUCAAAAAAUACGUUAUUAGUAAAACUUUUUACACAAAAAAUAAAGUGAAGUGAAAAAUAAAUAAAGGGAUAUUUUUGUUAAACAUAUAAUAUAUUGAAUUUAAUAUUAUUUUGUUUUUAAGUGUUGGGAUUAGUGGCUAAGGUAACAUAAUGCGAGAGAGCCUGAGACGGCUGGCCUCUGAUGACGCGAUGGCUCCACGAUCGUAUUCCGGAAGAGUCAGAGUCGAGCUGCUCACUGGCGAUCAUAUCACCAUCGAUGUUGCUAGAAAAGCCAACGGAGCUGUUCUCCUGGAUAAAAUCUGUGAUGAUCUGGAUAUUCUAGAGAAGGACUAUUUUGGACUACUACAUGUUCACCGAGGUGAUCCUCGGGUAUGGGUCGACUUGAAAAGGAGACUCUCCAAGACCUUUAGGAACGAACCAUGGGAGGUGAAGAUAGCUGUUAAGUUCUACCCACCAGAACCCUCAGAGUUAAAGGAUGAUACGUCCAGAUACCAGCUCGGCCUCGCAAUCAGGAGAGAUCUUAUUGAAGGUCGUUUAAAUUGUUCAACGAUCACAUACGCUCUGCUCGCCUCAUACGUGCUCCAGGCGGAAUUGGGGGACAGAGAGGGGAGGGUAAACGUCGCGCUGCUCACUGAGCACCGCGCUGUUCCUCUUCCAGUUAUCACGCCAGAUUUAGAGGACAAGAUUGACGAACUGUAUAGAAAACACAAAGGUCAAACUCCAGCUGAAGCGGAGCUGAACUAUCUAGAGAACGCAAAGAAGUUGCCCCUGUACGGUGCUGAGCUGCAUAGUGUGAAGGACUCUGAUGACGUGGAUAUCGUUCUCGCUGUCUGCGCGAACGGGAUCUCCGUGUUGAGGGAUGGUAUGGUGAUGAACCGGUUCCCCUGGGCGAAGAUACUCAAGAUCAGUUACAACAAACGCACAUACACGUUGAGAUUGAGGGCCAGCGAGUUUGACGAGUUCGAAACUCACGUUAGCUUCAAGUUGUCUUCGAGUCGUUCCAGUAAACAGCUUUGGAGGUGUAGCGUGGAGCAUCAUAUAUUCUUCAGACGCUCGGAGCCGGUGUCGGUGUCGCGCGUGUCGGGCUGCGCGCGGCUCGGCUCGCGCCGCGUGUCGUGUCGCCGCACGCUGCGACAGCUGCGCGAGCCGCCCGCGCCGCCCGCGCCGCCAGGCUGCUAGCGCGUGGGGCGGACGUCGACGAGUGGGUCAUAGGUAAUGCUCCCGUCGGGCGACGACGAGCAAACAUGUACUAUGUGCAUACAUGAAAGCAGAAUAUUCGUAAAUGUGUGCAAACUCGUAGAAACGAAUAUAUUAUAAACAAUAAAAAAAAAAUAUAUAUUAAAUUAAAGAUACUCAAGAAGCUAUUUUAGACUGCCAUAUUUUGAAUACCUUUUAAUGAAUUGGGCCCCAGUUCUAUGUAAAUAUUAUUCAACUACUACUAGUAAAUCUAUACUCAAGAGUAAAAAAAACUAAACGAUUAAAGGGAUAUGUAUAGCAAAAUCUGAACACAGCGUUUUAUUUUAAGUAAAAAUAUCUUCAAGUCUCAACUGUCUAUAUGAAAAUAACACAAACUUUUAUAUUUUUACUCUUGUAAGAGUACUCAAAACUGAAAGCCUAUUCACGAGCAUGAGAACCGUUUGGCAAAUUUUGUUCUAAAUUCAAACGUCUCA